AUGGCAACGAAACAAAUGGUUUCCAUUAUAGCGCUUGCCUUUGUAUUAUCAAUAAUUACAGUCUCGGACAUCGUGAAUGCUGGAGCACCAUUUGUUAUUACAGUGGGUGACGAGAAAGGAUGGACGGUUGGCUUUGACUACCAAGCGUGGGCACAAAACAAACAAUUCUAUGUUGGAAACGCACUCGUGUUCAACUAUCCUCAGGGUGAUCACAACGUGAUAAUGGCGGUAAACGCCUCGGCAUUCGAGAACUGCUUACAUCAACCAAAUUGGGGAAUUUUGGAAAGCGGUGCUGACAGUUUAUUUUUGACAGCCCCUGGGGAUAUGUGGUUUUUCUGCGGAGUGCAGGAACAUUGCGAAAUGGGUCAGAAGCUCAAAAUAACAGUUACUGAAAGUUAUUUUUAUAAUCCACCUGCACCAGCACCAGAAGCAUAA